AAGCAAUCAUUUCUCCUUCUCUCUGGCUGCAUUCCUGCAGCCAUUGAGAAAUACUGUGUGAGCUGUGAUUGGUCAAAGCUUGUCACAUGGUACAAGGCUGUUGUGAAUGGCCCUGUACCAUGUGAUCUCGGUGAUCAUUCACAGAAUUCACACGUAGUAAGCAAUGAUGUCAGGAAGUGACAUCUUAUUUACUACUGUUCAUGUGAUCACUGAUUGGCCAAUCAGUGAUCACAUGAUCGGGACCUCACACAGAGGUCCCGUACAGUGGUUCCCAGGGAGCGCACACAACCUGAAUAUGCGGGCGCUGUUUAUG